AUGUGGAGGUUCUUGUCAAGUAAUGAUGUUCCACAAUUCCUUGAGACCCUCGACUUGCCAGGUAUAGCAAAGUAUUUGAAGAGCGAGUCAUGCAAGAAUGUCUUCGUCAUGGUGAGGAUAAGCACAUCAGCUGGAAUUCCCGACUUUAGAUCUCCUGAUACCGGUCUUUAUGCGAACCUCGCUAGACUGAAUUUGCCCUACCCGGAGGCCGUCUUUGAUAUUAGUUUCUUCAAGCGGAAUCCUCGCCCUUUCUAUGUCCUGGCUCACGAGCUUGCACCAGGGCGAUUUAGACCUACACUGACUCACUCAUUCAUCAGGCUCCUCGCCGAGAAAGGACUUCUCCAUACAUGCUUUACGCAGAAUAUAGACACACUUGAGCGGGCUGCUGGCGUCCCGCCCCACAAAAUCAUCGAAGCCCAUGGAAGUUUCGCUAACCAGCACUGUAUAAAGUGCGGUUCGUUCUAUCCACACGAUAAGAUCAAGAAGAAAAUAGACGAGCAAGAGAUACCUGUUUGCGAGAAGCGAGGAUGUGGAGGGUACGUGAAACCUGAUAUAGUUUUCUUUGGCGAAUCUCUACCAGACGAGUUCGUACACGGCGUGCGACACUUGAGAGACGCAGACUUACUCAUCGUGAUGGGCACUUCACUUACUGUGCAUCCUUUCGCAUCACUCACGGAGAUGGUACCCGAGGAAUGUCCACGACUGCUUUUCAACCUCGACCACGUCGGAGGCUGGGGUUCUCGUGCAAAUGAUGUAGCAUGUCUUAUGUCGUGCGACAAAGCGGUCCGCGAGCUAUGUAAGAUUCUCGGUUGGGAAGAGGAGUUGGAUGCACUAUGGGCUGAAACGGAUCCUUCGCGGAAAAUGAAAGAGGUCCAUGCAGCGGAUGGAGAUAAGGGCGAAACCAAGGCAGAGAAGGACCCACCAGAACGAAAGGCGGAGGACGCUGGCGUCAAAGAGAGGGGCCAAGCAGAGCCAACAGAGAAAGAAGCAAGAGAGGACGAAGAGAGCAGAGAAAUUGCGAGCGAUGAUGGGAAGAAAGUCAGCGAGGAACUGCUCGCGGACAUCAUUGACAAGCUGGCCGAGACUAUCAACGAAGUUAGGCUCGAAGGCGAAUUAUCCUCACAACCGGAAGGAAAGCGAACAGAACAGCGAGACCUCGAAGGAAGCAAAGCGAGCGACGAGAAUGCACCCAAGCCCGCCUCUCAUAAUGCUUCUGACGAAGAGGGCGUGUUGGACAAGGACAAACAUGAUACUCAUAGUCAGGUCACGGAGGCAAAACAAUCGGAAUCAGAAUCAUCGGAGCGAGCUUCAGACAAUGAUAAUUCAACUACUACAGGCAAGCUUUGA